AUGUCAUCGUCGAAGUCGCCGCCGUUGGAAUCAACACCAAAUCCAACACUUCCCUAUGAUUUUCUAUUGGAUUGUUUCGCACGCGUAUCAAUAUUGUACUACCCGACUCUCUCCUUAGUCUCCAAGACCUGUCGAACCCUAGUUGCUUCAUCGGAGCUUUACAAGACUAGAUCUUCCUUGAACCGCACGGAGACUUGUCUCUAUGUGUAUCUAGAGUACCCUCAUGACCCUAUCUUACGUUGGUUCACUCUCUACCCUAUACCAAAUCAAACUGACAAGACAGAGAACUCAAGUGGAUAUGUUUUGGUUCCAAUACGGAUUCCAAAUUCACUUCACGUGAACCACAAGGCUCUCGUGACGGUUGGUUCUUGCUGCGUUAUAGAUAAGAUACUCUAUUGUUAUAGGCCAGGUGGAAUCAAAUGGUACGACUCAAAGGCAGGAUUCUGGAGGAAGUUGAAAGGGUUGUGUAACCUUGAUAGUUGUUGUGUUAAGUUGGUGGAUUAUGGUGGAAAGAUGUUGGUUUUGUGGGAUACGUAUUUCCCUUCUAGAGGCUUUAGUAGUCAUACGGUUUCGUGUGCGGUGAUCUCCCUUGGAAGAUGCAGAAAUCAUGAGAUUUGGGGAGAGGCCGAGUGGUUUGAUGAUAUGCUUACUACACUCCCUAGCUCUUACGACUUUGUGGGUGUUUUUGUUGCUUCUCUUUGA